AUGCAUGGGAACAAGAAGGGAGUUCGAGACCCGGGGGGUACGCGGAAGAGAAGAAGCGGGUACCAUGCGUCGCAGGCGGCGGGGCCAAUAGAGGGGGCGGGCGCCGUUGCGGGAUCGAUCGGGGGGGGGGGGGUCAGCAUCCCCGGGCGCGUCCUCCUGGACGGGUGCUGCCUGCUUCUGAGGAUUUCGAGUUGGGUGGCGUUCUUGGUGGUGGCCGUCCUGGAGAGCAAGGUCGUCUGGACGCCCCUGGGAGAUGAGCUGUGGCGUUCGCCCUCCGACGCAUCGUUGGUCUGCGCGCACCUCGCGGCUCGGCUCAGGGGCGCCCUGUCUCUGCCGCUGCGGCUGAGCAGGUGCUGGAAGGAGCGGCACCAGCCCGCGGAGAGACGGGUGGAAGGGCUCGUGGGGCUGAGCCACUGGCUUUUCGGGGUCGCCGCCGACGCCGCCCUUGGCGUCGUCGCGUGCGCGCUGCUGCUGAGGCACACGGAGGCCGCGGCAAGGGCUGCUCACCAGGCUCUUCACCUGCUACACGUUGACGUGCUAAGUGAAGAGCUAGAGUGGCUCAACUACUUCCCAGCGGGGUUCAAGCUCAACGUUCCCCUGACGCACACCUUGGGGUCUCUGACUCUCGUCGGCAUGGAGGCCUACGCCUCCAUCGUCGGACAGCUGGCCCAAUGGGAGGGCGCCGCGAUGAAGGCGAUAGCGAUCUGCGCGGCCGGCGGGGGCCUCACCACCGCCCUCGCCGUCGCGCACGACAUCCUCAGGCUUCUCGCCCUGCACACGGCCACCGCCCACACCGCCUUCGCCGCCCUUCACAACCUGCACAGCUCUCUGCUGGGGUCCCUGUGGCAGCUGUUCCGGGGCCGCAAGCGGAACGUCUUGAGGUGCCGGGUGGACACGUGCAUGUACGACGCCUGCCAGCUGCUGCUCGGCACCCUCGUCUUCACGGUGUUGUCGUUCCUCACACCCACCAUCUCGGUGUACUACACCUUCUUCUGCAUCGUGCAGGCCGUCGCCGUCGGAGGGCAGGUGCGCCCCCCCUCCCCCCCCCCGCAUUGA